AUGGCGAGAGCAAAACGGAAAAUAUUUGAUUCCGGUAAACAACGAGCAACCGGAUCUGAUAUCACCAUUGAUAAUGUUAUAAAUGCUCGAAAAGAACGCGAAAAGCUGGGUGGCACAUUUCCAAGGCCUAAAACAAGUUGGCGUGAAAAACAUGAAACAUUCAUUAAUGCUGUAUCAACAUCUAAAGAAGCUAGUUCUACAGUUCAUACUAAUAUGCCUUUUUCAUCAUUGUCAAAAAUAUCAAUACCAAAAGAUUACGUUAAAUGUGAAUAUUGUGGGCGUAGUUUUAACGAAACCGCAGCAGAACGGCAUAUUCCAUUUUGUAAAAUGCAACAAGAAAAGAAAGGACCAGUGAAGAUACAAAAGAUAAGAUCACGACAGUCUAAUACAACAGUGAUGGGAUCAGAAGUUAGUGAUUGUCAUCGGCUAAGUAAUAUAUCGUUAAAUCGUGACAGUAAGAUGAAGUCGAAGAAAGAAGAUUGUCAUCCAGCAACAUCAGAACGUCGUUCAACUAUUUUUUCGAGACGAUCAGAGUCGUCACAGAGGUCACGUGUUGAUGAUAAUAGUGGUAGAGGUGAUCGACGAAGGGGAAGGAGUUCAUCAAGAAAAAGAAAUAAUUCUGUCACACAUUCGUCCAAUAAAUCCAUUGGAGAAAUAAGCCAUGUAUCGGAACGAGAACGAAUAAAUUCAUCGGCUUCAUAUCGAGUUAAUAUUCGGGAAAAGACAUCGGUGUCCCGACAAUCAUCUCUUACCAGAAAAGGCAAUGGUACACAGACAAUUAGAAAGAAAGAAAUUUGA